CCUACCCAAACCUGUUGUCGUGACAAUGGACCUGGAGACUCAGCCCAUCUACAGCAUCAAUCAAGAUCUAAAGCAACCCCAUGUAUACAGCAUGAAGGUUUUUACCACAACUUUAGAGAAGAUGGGCUUGGGACAAAGCUAAACAGGACCCAGAACUCCGUUAGCCUGACCAUGCUGAUAACUAGUGAUCUCGUCUGAAAAGCUUAAAGGGAGAGGGGGCACCUAAUAAGUACCCCGAAGGUGAGGCAUCGACAGUGACUGUAGAAGCAGAUUCAGAUGCGAAAAGGUUGAUUGGUAGGAGGUUUAUUGAUGUUUCCGUUCAGAGUGGUAUUCGGCUAUGGCCUUUCAAGGUCGUUUCUGGUCCCAAUGACAAGCUCAUGAUUGUGGUCAAUUACAACGGGGAAGAGAAGCGUUUUACUGCUAAGAAAUAUCCCUUCAAAGAUCCUUGUAAAGAUGCGUGAGAUUGCCGAGGCUUGCCUUGGCGCCACUGUGAAGAAUGCUGUGGUCACAGUCCCUGCCUGCUUCAGUUACUCGCAACGGCAUGCCACAAAGGAAGCUGAUGCACUUGCUGGUCUGAAUGUUUUGCGUACCGUCAAUGGACCCAUUGUCGAUGCCAUGGCUUACGGUUUUGAUAUGAAUACAGUUGAUUUUAGUGAGAAGCAAGUGUUGAUUUUUUAUUUGCGUGGUGGUACUUGUGAUGUGUUGCUGCUUACAGAUGCAGAUGAAUUGGAGCGCAGGAUGAAGAAGCUUGAGCAUGUGUGCACUCCCAUCCUUGCUGUGAUUUAUCUGGCAGUUUGUGCUGACAUGCACAUUGGGCAGUGAUGUUAAUUUAUCCUGGUGAUGGCAAUGACACAGGUCCAAUCAUUGAUGGUGAAAUGUUGCUAUUUUGUUCAAAGACCACAAGUUGCAGAUUCUUAUACAGAGAGCUUAGUCAGAACAAGCUUAUGGUUCCAUUCAUAUACAUCAUAAAUGAACAAUCAUCACAUAAGUUUCCCAAAGUCCUUGUGCAAGCACCAAAAUUGACCGUAUCAGUUUUUGUGCUAGAGGAACAAGGUGAGGGCCAGAAAUUGGAAUCAAUCCCAGGACGAUGUACUUGUGAUGAGAUAAUACCAAAUGGUCAAGGCAACAGAAUGACACCAUCUUGUGAUGCCCUCACCUACACGGAUCACUUAAUUGGUGAUGCUGACAAGAAUCUGUGCCUCUUCAACCCCAUUAACACCAUCUUUGGUGGUAGUAAGGAUGUUUUCCAGUGGUGUGCGUUGUCCAAAGAAGACUCAUAG